GUCCCUACGUAACGAAGCGUGCCGUGUGCGUGCAACGUCAUUACGCCAGAAGAGAAGUGCCAACAUGGCGUUUACGUUGUACUCCCUGAUUCAGGCUGCGAUUUUAUUUACGAAUGCCAUUGCUGUGUUGCACGAAGAAAGGUUUCUCAGUAAAAUUGGUUGGGGGGCAGAUCAAGGCAUCGGCGGCUUUGGAGAUGAACCAGGAAUCAAAGCUCAACUUCUAAACCUUAUCCGAUCUGUCAGGACAGUCAUGAGAGUGCCUUUGAUCAUAGUAAAUGCAGUGUGCAUUGUGUUAUUAUUGCUGUUUGGAUGAAUGCUGACUCUGUGGAUUGUGGACUAACUGGCGAAAGAAAACGGACUGUUUUUUUGUACAUGCAAUGUAAUUGUCUCACUGUAUCCUGAUCAUACAGGAUUCGAGUGGCUAUUCCAAAGUUUUAUAUGUCCGGAUAUCGGUAACUCCUGCUGUUUUGUUUGUAUAACGAGCUUGCAAGAGAGCUCACAUCACUCUUAGUCUUGUUUACAUGAUCUGUUCUUAAUAUCGAAGCUCUCGUUAACUGGUGAUGCAGCCAUAUCGUUAACUACAAAUCUUUCGGGGCCCCUGUGUGUAGAUCUUAUUUAUGCCAUUUCAACAUUUCAGACUAUAAAAUCAGACACUCUUAACAUUGAGAGUGAAAUAAAUGGUUAAGGGAGCAAGUUGUGUUUUGUGUCCUGUAACUAAUUGGACAGUCUGGUCUUGUAAAAGGUGACUGUGGUAAACUGCUCCGGUCAGUUUUAUACAAAAUUCUGUAUUAAAGACUGUUGAUGAUGUUUGAUGCAUCAGUAACCAACAGCCUUUAUGAGCCAGUCAAUGUUUGUCAGGUUUUUAAUAAAAAGAUCGUCUUUUCA